CUUACGGCUGCUCAAGGACGAUAUGGGUUAGUUGCACUACACCUUUUUGUUCUCCCUUGCUUCUUAUCUCUCCUGAACAUGGCUCUUUUACAGACAUCCAUCGUUUGGGUCAUAUUCGCGAUUGUGGUAACUAUUUUGAUCGCAAUUGCCUCCAUCUUCAUAUACAUUUACCAGACGCCGAGGGAUCGCUCGCUAUCUGUCACGGUGACCUGCAUAUUUGCAAUUACUUCACUGCUUGCGACUGUUGUGUUGUUGCCUGCUGAUGUCGCUCUGAUAUCGUCCACGGUUGUCCCCAAAUUGGGUCGACGGAAGGACUGGGCUACUCAGGAUGAGGUCGAUGACAUUACAUUCUCUUUGACAGUCGUCUAUUAUUUUCUUUACUCCUUGGAUGCACUACUCUGUCUCAUAUUCGUUCCAUUCACAUAUUUCUGGUAUGAGGAAUAUGAUGAUUUGGGUGAACAGACUACUGGGCAACGCUUUUGGAAUUCGUUCAAAUAUACCUUGUCCUUCAUUGCCAUAGCUGUCGUUUUGUUCCUGGUAGGAUUCUUCGCUCCGACUCCGAACGGGGGAGAUGGCCUGGAUCUCGACUAUUUCAGAAAAUUGUUGAUAGAAAAUCACGGCGAACGCGCCCUGACAUUCGCACUUGGCCUAUUGAUAACCAUAGGGAUUUGCGGUUAUGCCUUGUACAGCUCUUCCGGAUUUGCACUCCUCCCAUUAAAGCUAAUAAGGACCGCUCCGUCAAUUUCGAGUCCAGCGAUAAUAUCUACCACGUCGCUCCAAUUAGAAUCGAACCGAGAACGACAGCGUCAAUUAGAAGGCAGAUGUAGAGGAAACGUUGGUCUUCUAUCCUCAAAAGACCGAAGGGAAUUUGACACUCUCUUGCGGGAAGAAAGGACGCUGAUCCGAAGGCAACGCUUGAUGGAAGAAACUCAAGGAAAUUCCCAGGGCUGGUUAUUGAAGAUAUGGUAUGAAAUAGCGACAAUAUUUCGUCCAUUCAGGCUUUUGGGGGGCACCAUAUUGUUUUUGAUUGCACUUACAACAUGGGUGUCCAUGCUAUUGACAGUAAUCGACAAGGCGGCAAAUUCAAUUUGCAAGCAGCGCUGUGGGUAUAUUCUCGGACACAUUAAUGUCUUCAACCCAAUCAAUUGGAUCCUUGUCGAAUCCGCAAGAGUAUUUCCGAUUGAUUAUAUCGUUUUUACAUUUCUCCUGCUAUUAUUUUUCUGCAGCUCAGUUGUCGGAAUUGGUGCAAUUGGGAUCCGAUUUCUGUGGUUCAGAGUUUUCCAAAUCAGGAAGGGCCAUACAUCUCCACAGGCUUUACUAGUCACAACGGUGGUGUUAAUGUUAAUUGUGCUAGCUUUGGAUUAUUCAAUCCCAAUGGUUGUUGCUCCUCAAUAUGCAACAUGGGGUUCCCAGACAUUCUGUGAUCGCAGUUCGGUGCUUCCUGGAAUGCGACCGGAUUGUUCGAACACGAAAGACUUAGUUAAGCCAUGCUCGGAAUUGGCAGACAAUCCUGCUGCAAAAUCUGUGUGCACACCAAGCAUCGCUAGUACCUUUUUCAACCGUGUGACAAUAAAUUUCCCUUUCUUCGGCGCUGUUUUCUUCUGGGCACAGCUUUUUUUCCUUGCGACGUACUUGAUUGCCUUGGUUACUUCAUGCUUUCGAACCCCCAAGUUAGAUGAGCAACUGAUCGAUGAGGAUGCGGAAGAGGCAGAAGAAGAAGGCCUGCUAGUGGCAACUAGAAGAUGCUAGAGCUCUAUCUAUAGCAUCUUUUCGGUUGACCUAAUGAGGCUGGGAAAUGAAUUUCUUUCCCAGAAUCUUUAGCAUCUUUCUAAGAUGGAUAUCGAUGAGCUUGCCCGCUUUUCUGUUUGUCUCAUUAAUGAACCUGGUAGGAAUGAUGAAUAUAGAAGACUCAGGGCUUUGAGUGCAGGAAAAUUUGAAGCGUUAUGUACGCUGAGAAUCCGAGAUUGAUACAGCUGUGAUGACAUACAGAGAUAUCAUACAACAUUGUCAUGAGUUUGAGACUAUGUUCCGCGCAGCUGGCUGGCCUUUUAUCCUUCAAUAUUCAAGAUAGGGCCGGUGAAGUUUUCUUGACUAUCAAGGCCUGGAUUUCAGGGUAGACAAUUGCUCAUACGGCUCUCCAGGGGAUCAUCUCUGCCUGGACACACCUCAUCCAGUGUGUGUGUUGUGUUGUUGGCUGAUACUUGAUCCUUUUCUCGGUUUUCUGUCACGAUACAUCUUUAGGUAUUUAUUGUGAGCCAGUUGAUUAUGAUCUCUGGUUACGAGUACCCACUUGUUAUUACUGGGGUGAGAGGUUGAUUAUAGGACUUUCGAGAAACCUGAUCAAGAGACGUGUUGAUUGGUUCCCAGGUGACAUACGUGUAGGCUAACCCGUAAUUAACUCUACAUCCAGUGAUGGAUCCAUGCAUGUCUAGGAGUCCACGUGGCAAGUAUAGUAGGCUUUUGUCACUAGUAGGGCAGGCUGAGGGUUCUACUUCGAGUCCACGAAAGUCCGGAAUUCUUUACCUCCACUACUCCAUACUCUGUAUGCUAUUACUGUUUGAACUA